AUGCGGUAUCUAUGGAGCGUUAAUCCAGGACAGGACCCGGAGUGCCAAGCCUACCGAUUACGAGUCUUGGAAGUUAAGACUCACCAAGUAAAGGACCUCGACAUCCAAAACUACGAAGCGUUAGUCCUGGUAGUUGAAAUCCAGCAGGUAAAGGAACUGAAGAGCCAGAACUAUGAAGCGUUAGUCUUGGUAGUUGAGAUCCAGCAGGUAAAGGACCUGGACAUCCAAAAUUACGAAGCGUUAGUCCUGGAAGUCGAAAUCCAGCAAGUACAGGACCUGGACAUCCAAAACUACGAAGCGUUAGUCCUGGUAGCUGAAAUCCAGCAGGUAAAGGACCUGAAGAGCCAGAACUACGAAGCGUUAGUCCUGGUCGUUGAGAUCCAGCAGGUAAAGGACCUGAAGAGCCAGAACUAUGAAGCGUUAGUCCUGGUAGUUGAGAUCCAGCAGGUACAGGACCUGGACAUCCAAAAUUACGAAGCGUUAGUCCUGGAGGUCGAAAUCCAGCAAGUAAAGAACUUGAAGAGCCAGAACUAUGAAGCGUUAGUCCUGGUAGUUGAGAUCCAGCAGGUACAGGACCUGGACAUCCAAAACUACGAAGUGUUAGUCCUGGUAGUUGAAAUCCAGCAGGUAAAGGACCUGAAGAGCCAGAACUAUGAAGCGUUAGUCCUGGUAGUUGAGAUCCAGCAGGUACAGGACCUGGACAUCCAAAAUUACGAAGCGUUAGUCCUGGAAGUCGAAAUCCAGCAAGUAAAGAACUUGAAGAGCCAGAACUAUGAAGCGUUAGUCCUGGUAGUUGAGAUCCAGCAGGUACAGGACCUGGACAUCCAAAACUACGAAGCGUUAGUCCUGGUAGUUGAAAUCCAGCAGGUAAAGGACCUGAAGAGCCAGAACUAUGAAGCGUUAGUCCUGGUAGUUGAGAUCCAGCAGGUACAGGACCUGGACAUCCAAAAUUACGAAGCGUUAGUCCUGGAAGUCGAAAUCCAGCAAGUAAAGAACUUGAAGAGCCAGAACUAUGAAGCGUUAGUCCUGGUAGUUGAGAUCCAGCAGGUACAGGACCUGGACAUCCAAAACUACGAAGCGUUAGUCCUGGUAGUUGAAAUCCAGCAGGUAAAGGACCUGAAGAGCCAGAACUAUGAAGCGUUAGUCCUGGUAUUGAGAUCCAGCAGGUACAGGACCUGGAUAUCCAAAACUACGAAGCGUUAG